CCACUAUGGCCACGCAGAACUCUGGAAAUGGACCAGAUGGAGCCCACCCGCCAAUCACCUGCUCACCUAUGGCUCAGGAGAGAGGGUUCAUGUCCAACAUGCAGAGGAACCAGGCUAGCUCCCAGUUUGCUUCUCCUCAGUCCGGACCUCCUAUGUCCCCCCACCCUUCCCCUGGGGGUCCAUUGUAUCCUGGGAUGGGUCCAUACUCCCAGAGCGGCCCCACAGGCCCUUAUGGACCUCAAGGAUCACAGUAUGGACACCAAGGUAAUUACCCUCGCUCCUCCAACUACAGUGGGACUGCCAGUACCAGCUAUAGCGGCCCCGGGCCUGGCAUGACCAACAGUCUGGGAAUGAACUCUAGCAGCCCCAUGCAUGGGCAGGGGCCUGGCCAGCCCAUACCUGUAGGACGCAGCCACGGCCCAGGCAGCCAGAACAGAGUGUACCCGCCCAUGGCUCCCAGCUCCCCCAGCAUGCCACAGCCAGCUGGGCCCGGGAUGGGCCCUCCUUCUCUGGGUAGCUCUAACCGCAAGGCCCAGGAGACAGCAGCAACUGCCAUGUCAGGAUCUGCUAACUCAACACACAACAGGCGGCCUCCAUAUGCGAACUCCCCAGUCCAGAUGCAUCCACCCCAAUCCACCUCCACCCACUGGCCCACGCUCUCCUCUACCUGUCCACCACCUUCACCUCCACCCAGACCUCAACAUCCACCCAUCCUGCCCCCCUCACAUUCACAGCACUAUAGGCAAGGCAGCUAUCAAGGCCCCGGCAUCAGCCAGGCGAGCACCAUGGCUACUACUGUCCCCUACAGCCAGCCAACGGGAAACAACAGUUCAGCCAUGGGCAACGCACAGGGUCCAGCCUACAGUAUGCCGCCUUCAGGAGUCAUGGGAAUGUCAGGAGACGGGAUGAUGAGCCCAGAUGGGAAACCGAAAACGGACGUAAAAGACGACAGCGGCCCCGCCAGCGAGCAUCACAAACCAAAGCUACAGGAUGGCUACAGCAACAACAACAGCAGCAGCAUCGGCUCCCAGCAGUGUGUGUCCCAGCCAGCUACGCCGGGAGGUGCCCUGCCCGUGCCCUCCCCGCUCUCACCCAGCCCAGCCAGCCUGUCCUCCUACCACGGAGAUGACAGCGACAGCAUCAGCAGCCCUCCCUGGCCCCUCAAGACCCCCUCCAGUCCUAAAGCCAACCCAAACUCCUCCUCCCUCAGUGGGGAGCGAAUCACGCGGCUGUUUGAGCUGGGCGUGGAGCCGGAGAGGCGGGGCUGGGUGGAGCGAUACCUGACCUUCAUGGAGGAGAGGGGUACACCUGUUGCCCAGCUUCCCACUGUGGGCAAGAAGCCGCUGGACCUCUGGAAACUCUACAUAGCUGUGCGGGAGAUAGGAGGCCUCGCCAUGGUAAACAAGAACAAGAAAUGGCGCGAGCUGUCCACCAACCUGAACGUGGGUACAUCCAGCAGCUCCGCCAGCUCGCUCAAGAAGCAGUACAUCCAGUAUCUGUUUGCCUAUGAGUGUAAGAUGGAGAGGGGAGAAGAGCCGCCGGCAGACAGCAGCAGCAGCGGCAGCAGCAUGGCUGGAGGGGACAGCAGGAAGCAGGUCAAGAUCCAGCCACCCUCACCUGCUAAUUCUGGUGGCUCCCUCCAAGGCCCACAGACGCCCCAGUCCUCUGGCAGCAGCUCUACAGCGGAGGCAGCAGGGGAUCUGAAACCCCCCACACCUGCUACCACCCCACUGGGACAGGUCACACCAUUGCCCCCCAACAGGAGCAGUGUGAGCAUACAGGACCCCUUCUCAGAGGUGAGCGACCCGGCCUUCCAGAAGCGUGCUACCUCCCUGCCCCCCUCAGGUCCUUACCAGCAAGGCCUCAGCAUGCCUGACAUGAUGAUGAGGAUGCAGUAUGACACCAAGGACCCCUUCGCCGGGAUGAGAAAGAUGGCAGGAGCUGAUCCCUACAUACCUGCCCAGAUGCCUGGCGGCGGUAUGCAGGACAUGUAUGGUCGACCCCCGUCAGCCUUGAGCAUGAGCCAACGGUCACAGUAUCCAUACGGCCCAGGCUAUGACAGGAGACCGGACCAUGUCAUGGGGAUGGAAGGGAGCAUGGGUCCCCCUGGGAGUCAGAACAACAUGGGACCUUCUAACAGUGAGGGCAGCAUGUACUCUCCCAGUAGAUACCCUUCACAGCAGAGACAUGAUGGCUACGGUCAGCAGUAUCCUGGCAUGCCGUAUGGGAUGCAUCCAUCUGGGAUGUACCCACAGCAACAGCAGGGCUACAAACGGCCAAUGGAUGGCAUGUAUGGCCCCCCACCCAAGAGACACGAGAGCGACAUGUAUGCCAUGCAGUACGCCAACCAGCAGCCGGACAUGUACAACCACUACGGGGGUGGGUACUCAGGCCCUGAACACAGACCCAUCCAGGGACAGUUUCCCUUCCCCUACCCCCGUGACCGCAUGACCCCCUCAGGUCAGAGCCAGCACAGUAUGAUGGCUGGUGGGCCCACUACUAACCAUGCUAACGAUGGCCCCAACAUGUGGCCGUCCAGGACAGACCUCGGCUAUCCCUACCCCAACAGACAGGGGCCGCCAUCACAGAUGCCACCUUAUGGCUCGAUUGGUAGAGAUGACAUGGACGGGCGGCCCGGGCAGGAGCAGUGGCACCGUCAGUCUCCCUACAUGUCAUCAUCAGGUGGCAUGCCUCCCCUGUCUUCACGCCAGCCAUCUUCUUUUUCCAACUCUCCAUCCAUGGCCAACCACCUGCCCAGAGCACCCAGCCCAGGGGCCUUCCAACGCUCCAUGGACUCUAGGAUGUCACCCAGCAAAGCACCGUUCAUGUCACCCAUGAAGAUGCCUAAGCCUGGGAUGACCAUGAUGGGCCCACAGGGCAGUGGACCCCUUGGUCAGUUUCCUCCCAACCUGAGGCGGGACCUCAACUACCCGCCAGGAUCAGUUGAGGCCACCAUGCCUAUUCUUAAGCCCCGACGCAAGCUCACCUCCAAGGACACUGGAACGCCUGAGGCCUGGCGUGUGAUGAUGUCUCUGAAGUCUGGCCUGCUGGCAGAGAGCACAUGGGCUCUAGACACCAUCAACAUCCUGCUGUACGAUGACAGCACUGUGGCCUCCUUUAACCUCUCCCAGUUGCCUGGAUUCCUCGAGCUGAUUGUGGAGUACUUCCGCCGUUGUCUGAUCGAGAUCUUUGGGAUCCUGGAAGAGUUUGAGGUGGGGACCGUGGCUCAGAAAAGCCUUUUGGACCCUGCUGCUAACCAGAAACAAGAAGCCAUCCCUGACCAGGAAAGAGACUCUGGUGUUCAACCUGAAGCUGAGCCAGGUCCGGCAGCAGAGACGCGGGUGGAGCAAGCAGGAAGCGCCAUGGAGGAAGCUCUACCUGUCACUGCAGAGCCAGCGUCGGUGGAGGUGAACGGUGAGACGGAGGAGUCUGAGGUGAGCGUAAAGAAGGAGGACAAGAGUGAAGAGGACAGAGAGAAAGAGGGGAAAGACGAGGAAGAGAGUGAAAAAGGAGCAGAGAGUAAAAAUGAGUGUGUUUCCCAGCCUGCAGCAGAGCUAGAACCUAAAGCUAAACAAGCCAGUAAAUAUGAUAAGCUCCCCAUCAAGAUUGUCCACAAAGAGAACCUGAUUGAAGACAUGACUGAGCACUUUGGUUACGUCACUGAGUUCACCAGCGGGUUGCUUCACUGGCAGGCGGGUGGAGGUGAUUCCACCGCACACAUUCAAACACAAUUUGAACCUCGGAGUGACCCACCUGCCAAGGCGGAUGGAAAGACAAGAAAAGAAAACAAAGAGGAAUACAAGGUGGACGAUGGAAAGAAGCAGCCACUGAAACAUAUCACUGCUACUAUUGAUGAUGUUCUGUGCGCACGGGUCGACGCCCUUUCGUAUGCUCACCCCGCACGCUCCUUGCCAUCCUACCCCUUCAGGGUGCAUCUGGAUGGGGAGCAGGACCACAUCACCUUGCUGGAGGAUGAGCCUCGCUGCCUGGACGAGGCCCCGCUCUCCACAGCCUCCGCCUGGCAGGACUCGCUGGCCAAGCGGUGCCUCUGCGUCUCCAACAUCGUCCGGAGCCUAUCCUUUAUCCCGGGAAAUGACUUGGAUAUGUCACGCCACCCUGCUCUGGUUCUACUUCUGGGCAGGCUGCUCCUGCUGCACCACCAGCACCCGGAGAGGAAUAGGUCGCCCCCUAGCUACCAGAGAGAUGAGCAGCAGGAGAAGGGGCUGACGAGUAGCAAAGAGGAGUGGUGGUGGGAGUGCCUGAGUCUGCUCAGGGAGAACGCCAUGGUCACUCUGGCCAACAUCUCGGGUCAGCUGGAUCUCUCCACCUAUCCAGACACUAUCUGCCUCCCCAUCUUGGAUGGCCUUCUUCACUGGAUGGUGUGCCCUUCAGCUGAAGCCCAGGACCCGUUCCCAUCAGCAGCACCCCACUCCCAGCUCACUCCCCAGAGGCUGGUGCUGGAGUGCCUCUGCAAGCUGAGCAUCCUGGGCGACAAUGUUGACCUCCUGCUAGCUACACCGCCUUUCAGCCGACAGGAGAAACUCUUCACUGUCUUGGUCCGGUACGUGGGUCAGAGGAAGGCCCAGGUGUACAGAGAGAUGGCUGUGGCUGUUCUCUCCCACCUGGCACAAGGAGACACCACAGCGGCACGUGCCAUAGCCAUGCAGAAGGGCAGCGUGGGUAACUUGGUAGGCUUCUUGGAGGAUGGUGUUAGCAUGGCGCAGUACCAACAGAACCCUCACAGCUUGCUGCACAUGGGUCACCCCCCUAUGGACCCACCUAGCAUAAACAUGAUGUGCAGAGCAGCUAAAGGCCUGUUGGCUAUGGCUAAAGUGGAGGAGAACAAGACAGAGUUUGUGCUGUAUGAAAGCAGAUUAUUAGACAUCUCCAUUUCCUCGGUGCUCAACGCGGGAGUGGUGGGUGUUAUUUGCCAAGUUCUUUUUCACUUAGGGAAAUCAUGACAAGAGGAGAGGCAGGACUCACAAGGCAAACGCUAAAGUGGACUAGAUAUUUCUGUGGUUUUCUAUUUUUAUUUAUCAAAAUGACAGAAAAUGUUUGUUUUUUUAAAAAGAAAUAUCCACAUAAACAAAAUAUCUCUAUAUAUGUAUAGCUUCUGGGCCCUGUUAAAAAAGUGGGUUUGGGAUCUGAAAGCUCAUUUUAAUACAGAUAUUUAAUACCUGCUGGUGUUCGAUUGCUACGUUUGAUAUUUUGUUUGGCAUUUGUUUUUGUUUGUUUACUUUUUCAGCCAAAGCUGCCACCAGAUUUUGGUGCUGAAUUACGUGGGUUCUUUUGAGGCGAUGAGUCGUUGAGAUGUUUUUCAGUUUUAUAAACGCUAUUACACUCGUCAGCAUUUUGUUAAUGGAGAGUAUUUAUUUAAAAUGUGACACUGUACAGUAGUUUCAACUUUUUUGCCAACACUUAUGGGGGGAAAAAACACUGACUUUUUAAAUUGAAAUGUAUAUGUCUCCAUCGCUGGAAGAUAAAUUGUGCAAUAGAACUAGAGCAAGUUGUCCCUUUUUUGAGAACAACCAGAAGAUGUAAAUCUUUAAAGACACCUGCAGUGUGUGCUUUAGGCCAUAAGGAGGCAGCAUUGCACCAGCCAAUCAACAUGAGAGAGCGUCUGUCAAAAGAAGUGUCUAAUUUAUCAAUCAUAGCCUCAAUGACUUUCACAGAUGGACUUUGUGUUUCCUAAGCACUUGUGUUAUGUCUGUAUUUUUUCAUCACUGUGUAUAUAAACCGUUGUACAAUGGACACACAUGAUUCUUUCAGUCUCAAUCAAGCAUAGCAACAGAUGGGACUUUCUGACUAUUAUAACAAAUGCUUUUAUUGUUGGUAAAAUUUGUUAUUGUUAUUAUACAUAUUUUGUUAAUGGGGUCAAAUAUUUGAACAUGGCAGAUGUAACUGAUGUUUCAAUGUAAAAAUUCCUGUAUGCAUUGUAUUAUAGCUGAGAAAACAAUCGCUUUGGUAAACAAACGUGGAAGUGCCAGGGUGAGGGGAUAUCUAGGCGAGGUGACUUAAGAAAACUGAACACAUUUCUGUUUGUUACUGUCCUCCAUUCAUGUCAACGGGCAUAUUUUUGAAUCUAGAUAAUGCUCCAAAAGAAACGUGUGAAAAAGAACCUUCAAAAUGUCCUGAAAGCUCACUGUAAAAUUUGCCUUUUUUCGUAUGACUCCAUGUCUCUCUUUUAUUCAGUAUACACAUUUAUACUCUGUGCUGCACAUGUCACAAAUAAAUGUACGAUGAACAUCGUUAAGCACCGGAGACGUUGCAUUAUGUCCAGACAAUCUUAGGCCAAUAAAACGAACAUCAACUGCUUA